ACAGUGAUGAUAGUUUCAGCACUAAUGACGAUUUGCCACUGUCUUCCAUUGCGAAUUUUUCAUGGAGAAAGGAUGUCGGUGCAAUGAACUUUGCCGCCAAUUUUUCAGAGGAAGCUGGUGUACGAGGAAAACUUAAAAAUGACAGUGAAGAUUAACAGCUUCAAAGGACCAUACGGCCUUCGCAGCAGCCUGCUGGUGCCACCAGGGUACCCCAGGAGGAGCGGAUGGACUAUACGCCAUCGCCCCUGCCAUCUCCGCUCGCUGACCCCAUGGACCUGGAUCCGCCAUCGCCGUCAUUACCCCAACAAACAUCCUCAGGCUUGGACGUAUGCUCUGGAGCAGUUUUCCAGAGGAUGUUUCUGUUGCCUCGCAAGCCAGAUGGCGGGGUACGGCCGGGAGUCUCCUGUCCUCCACAGUCACUGCUCCUGGCCCAUCACAAAAUCCAGCGUCCUGUCUGUCUCCUUGUUGUCGUGCGGCAUUUCAGGGGGGAGGAAUGUGCUCACAUACACUGGCAUCAGCACACCAUAUAGCAUAGAGGUUACGAGAGUAUCGAUAAAGGCCAACGACAAGACUCGCUGGAAACACGCCGCCAACUCCAUCUCAGCCGCCAGCGUUUUGGAUCGCGGCUGCGGACUGGAGGGCCAGUUUAGUCAGUUAGUUCGAGUCUGCAUGCCAUGUGAGAUCCAACGUAUCACCGAGACAGAGCCGCAGACUUUGCCUCUAGCACAGAGAAGGCAGCAUUUACCAAUCUUAUAGUGAACAUAGCGGACUUCUACUUCAACAGCAUUGAGACUGCGUGGACUAUACAGAAGAGAGCUUGUACCACAGUGCAUGGA